AUGUUCAAGAGCGCCAACUUCGCCAGAGCGGCUCGCGUAGCCCGUUCGUCUCUCGCGACGCCUCGCAUCGUCCGCCCGAACUUUAUCACCCCUUCCCUCCUGCACGGCAGCCGGUUCGCCAGCACGUCCAGUGUCGGUGAUGGCAAGAUUCACCAGGUCAUUGGUGCCGUCGUCGAUGGUAAGAUUCCGACCAAAAAACUUUUUUCUAUCAACAUCGAGACCCCCCUCGCAGUCGUCUGCACUUCGUCCAAUGCGCCACCGAAAGAUUGCAUCGGAUCGCUGUCGAUUCUCAUGUCCGGACGCUCGGAAACGGAAAUCCCGAAAGCCUCGAUAAACCACUACGCAUUAUUCUUCGACACGGACAAGCUGCCCGCCAUUCUGAACGCCUUGGAGACCCAGAACAAUGGCCAGAAGCUGGUCCUUGAGGUCGCCCAACAUCUGGGUGAGCACACUGUGCGCUGCAUUUCCAUGGACGGUACCGAGGGUCUCGUCCGUGGUGCUAAGGCCACUGACACUGGUUCCCCCAUUACCAUCCCCGUCGGCCCCGGUACCCUCGGUCGCAUCAUGAACGUCACCGGUGACCCGAUCGACGAGCGCGGUCCCAUCAAGACCGACAAGUUCCGUCCCAUCCACGCUGAGGCUCCCGAGUUCGUUGACCAGUCGACCACCGCUGAGGUUCUCGUGACUGGUAUCAAGGUCGUCGAUCUGCUUGCUCCCUACGCCCGUGGUGGUAAGAUUGGUCUGUUUGGCGGUGCCGGUGUUGGCAAGACCGUGUUCAUCCAGGAGCUCAUCAACAACAUCGCCAAGGCCCACGGUGGUUACUCCGUCUUCACCGGUGUCGGCGAGCGUACCCGUGAGGGUAACGAUCUGUACCACGAAAUGCAGGAGACCUCUGUCAUUCAGCUUGACGGUGACUCCAAGGUCGCCCUGGUGUUCGGUCAGAUGAACGAGCCCCCUGGUGCUCGUGCCCGUGUCGCCUUGACCGGUUUGACUGUCGCUGAGUACUUCCGUGACGAGGAGGGCCAGGAUGUGCUUCUCUUCAUCGACAACAUUUUCCGCUUCACCCAGGCCGGUUCUGAGGUGUCUGCCCUUCUGGGUCGUAUUCCCUCCGCUGUCGGUUACCAGCCCACGCUCGCCGUGGACAUGGGUCUGAUGCAGGAGCGUAUUACCACCACCCGCAAGGGCUCAAUUACCUCCGUCCAGGCCGUCUACGUGCCCGCUGACGAUCUGACGGAUCCCGCCCCCGCCACCACCUUCGCCCAUCUGGACGCCACCACUGUGCUGUCCCGAGGUAUCUCUGAGCUGGGUAUCUACCCCGCUGUCGACCCCCUCGACUCCAAGUCGCGUAUGCUGGACCCCCGUAUUGUCGGUGACGACCACUACGAGACCGCCACUCGCGUCCAGCAGAUCCUCCAAGAGUACAAGUCGCUGCAGGACAUCAUCGCCAUUCUGGGUAUGGACGAGCUGUCUGAGGCCGACAAGCUUACAGUCGAGCGUGCUCGUAAGAUCCAGCGUUUCCUGAGCCAGCCGUUCACGGUCGCGCAGGUCUUCACUGGUAUCGAAGGCCAGCUGGUCGAUCUGAAGGACACUAUCGCUUCGUUCAAGGCUAUCCUGAGCGGUGAGGGUGACAGCCUUCCCGAGGGUGCCUUCUACAUGGUUGGCAACUUCGCGUCUGCCCAGGCCAAGGGUGAGAAGAUCCUGGCUGAGCUUGAGCAGAACUAA